CGGCUGCAGGGCAGGAUGGCGCAGCGGGCGCUGGUGCUGGUGCUCUGCCUCUCCCUGGCUGCGGCAGCCUCCGCCGACUGCGCGACCCAGUGCUCCCUGUGCACCAGCCAGGGACGGGGCACCGAGAGCAGCGUGCGGCCCCUGAUGUGCCUGCGGGAGUGCCAGGGCUCCUCGCCGCCUGGUGCCGAGUGGGAGACCUGCAGGAAGGCGCUGGCGCUGCUGGCCCCGCUGGUGGCCCUGGCCGAAGGGACGGACCCAUCCCCUUCGGAGGCAGAGGACGAGGAAGAGCCGGAGCAGGAUCCCAGCCCCGGGGAGCUGCCGCUGGCACCGGCCAAGCGCUACGGGGGCUUCAUGAAGAAGCUGGCCAAGGGGAAGCUGCUGUCCCUGCUGCGCGAGAACGCCCACAGCAAGGGCAGCCUCAGCAAGAAGUUCGGGGGCUUCGGCCGCAAACCGGGGGAGCGGGCGGCCCCCGAGGACUACCCGGGGCCGGGGGACGUGGGCAGCGAGGAGCCUGUGGGGACGGGGGCCGAGGGGCAGGAGCUGGCAGAGCUGCACAAGCGCUACGGCGGCUUCAUGCGCCGGAUCCGGCCCAAGCUCAAGUGGGACAAUCAGAAGCGCUACGGGGGCUUCCUGCGGCGGCAGUUCAAGGUGACCACGCGGUCGGAUGAGGACCCCAGUGCCUACUCAGCGGAGGUCUUAGACCUAUAGAGCCCAGCGUGGGACAGGCGGCCCCGCAGGUCCCCACACCGACAGCCCAGAUGAUGCCAUCACCCCCAACCCUGUCCCCUGCCCAGCCCUGCGUGGCUGGCAUCGUCCCCACCUCAUCCCCACCACGGGGCACGGGCUGGGCUCUGCCACCCCCAGCCUCAGCCCAGCACACCCUACGGAGGCAGCCCCCAGCUCUGUCCCCAGUUGUUCCUCUCCUGCUCACCUGCCCGCCA